AUGAAGAUGGUGAAUAUGAAGAUAAUGAAGAUGAAGAUGAUAAAGAUGAUUAAUAUGAAAAAAGAUGGUGAGUAUGAUGAUGAUGAAGAUGAUGAUGAUGAAGCAGGUGAUGCAGAUGAAGAAGAUAAAUAUGAAGAAAAAGGUGGUGAAGAUGAAGACGAAGUUAAUGACGAUGAAGAUGAAGAAGAUUCUAAAGAUGAAAAUGAUAAAGAUGAAGAUAAAGAUGAUGAAAAUGAAGAUGAUAAAUAUCAUGAAGAUGAUAGAGGUAAAGAUCAUGAAGAUGAAGAUGAUCAAGAUGUUGGUGAUGAGCAUGAAGAUGAAGAAGAUGUAACUCACCCUAUGGACAGCUCUGACAAUGACGCACGUGUGACCUGA